AUUCUCUCUUGGCACGGUCUACGUUGCCAAAGACCAGUCGAAGACGUUUGCAUCAUCGGUAUAAUUGAGAAAACAAACGUCAUUUCCGUUGAUAAACAGACCAGCGCGGAUAACACUCGUUAUUUCGACAUAUUUUUAUAUCUCUCAAUUACCAGGGGUUGAGGGGUGUUAAGUGCUACAUGUGGAGCUUUAUGUGAGUUAUCAGUGAUAAAGUUUGGCAUGAUUGGAGACAGAGAACUCAGGGCAUCAAGGACACCCCAGAGGUUGAUGUAAAGUGGAGGAGAAGGAUGCGAGGGCAGGGAAGAAAAUUGUGUUGGUGACCGGGUGGUAGUCGUCCCUUGAUUUGUGGGGUGAGACAAGCUGAUUUUUAAAUAAAAAAUAAAGCAGGUCAGUGAGGGAGUAGUAGCUCAGAAAAAAGUCGGCUAUACCCCCGAUGCUUACUCUACGCCUAGUGUCUACGCACUUUUUGAAGCAACCAUAGGGUGUUAUCCAUCGCCUCGGAAGCGUUAAAACCAUUUUUUCAAUAUAAUGUGUCGUGAUAGAGACAUGAACCACGAGCACGUCAUUAUUAAUCAACAACUACUUUCACCGUGAUCGAUGAGCUAUUGAUUAUAUCGAUCGACUUUAACUGAACUUGUGUGGAUAAAACAUCUUGUUGCUAACAGGAUUGCUUGACAAAGUCAUUGGUAAUCUUGUCAAGUUCACCAUUGUAAUUCUAUUCUGAGGGAAUCCCCAAAUCAAAACCGAUCGAAUAGUUUUCUCCUUCUAUUGGUACCUCAAUCUAUCAUUAGUGGACAGUAUUUGUCACUGUAUUGUUAUCGAAAUUUCAAUCGUCUAUUUUGCUAAUUGCCGUUGAAUACGGUUCUCAAACCGCAAGUGAUAUACUUCAAUCUGUGGAGAGCUGCGAAAGAGUGCAUUUGCGGCAGUGGGUCGCGGUGCAGACGGACGGGGAUGAGACGCCCGCAGCAGGAAGUACUCCAACAUCAUCAAGAAAAUUGUCAGGGAUCUCCACCCGCGAGUCCGAUUGAAACGCGUCAACGGACCGCCAACGUCAAGGACGAGUCACGAUUGGCGCGUGUGAAACGCGUGCUGACCGGCUCCCUUUUGGGUCGUGGUAUCGGCAACGCCGAAUCCAAACGAAUUUUUGGGGCUCGUCUGGAGCUGGCUGACUCUUAUUUAGACACUGGAGUGCCCUAUGUGGUGCAUCGUCUCUGUGGGUAUAUCGAGCACCAUGGAUUUCAGAGUGCAUCGGUGUUUCGCCUGUCAGGGGGCAGUCCUCGGUUGACGGAACGUUUGAGGGCGGCUUUUGAGAGACGAGGAGAUGCCGAUCUCGAGGGUGCAGCAUGUCCCUCAACUGCAGCAACUAUGCUGAGGCAGUAUCUCAAGGAAUUGCCACAGCCACUGAUCCCUUCUUCCAUCGUUGAUCAGCUUAUUCAUAUCCAUGCUCAAUAUCACUCGACUAAUCGAGAAAUGUGGAUCGAGCGGACGCACCAGCUCCUGCUGAGUCUCCCCCCAUCGCAUUAUCGCCUCUUCGGGUACUUGGCUAAUUACCUCAGCAAGUAUGAGGCACGCCAUGGCAGAAGCUCCGGUGUCUGUGGGGUGUUUGCACCAGUAGUCCUACCCCAUGUUCCACCAGCCACUACUCUUCUUCGGGACAUCCUCACUGAGGCAUCCAAUCUGUUCCCAGGCUGUGUCAAGGAAUCGGGAAGUUAUUCGACGGUUUCUAACGAUAACAGAGACGUUUGCAGGGAUACCAAGGAGCAGAACGAGGUUUGUGAACAAACAGUGGACAGUAACUUGCAUUGCGCGCUGAAACCGCGCAAGCGAAAGGAACACUGCGAAUCCUGUUGCCAAGAGAGAAAACUCAUCAGAAGCAAUAGUGAGGAACAAAUUUUGGAUAAAAAUACUUCAAACGCGGUGGAAUCGAUCCGAAGAGUCAGCAGUCACGAGGAUUUCAACAGCGAUAAACAUCUCCAUAUUUCGACGCAUUUACCUCAGCCUGGAGCCGAUAUGGGGCACGGAGUGAGAUGCGGAGGGCUACCCCUCCACGAGAGGACCAACGUCUCGCCGGUUUCCAAGCCCUCGCCCUUACCCUCACCCUGCGACAUUUUUCUUGCCGCAGAGAGACUCGAGUGCGACGUAGAACGUCUCCGGAGUACAGAGAGAUUCAGCAGAAGUUUGACCCCUCGUUGUCUCCGGGUGAAUCGUCGACGACGAGUUCACAAGGCCCUCAAACACGAUCAGAACUCCAGCAAGGAGAACGAAGAGGAACUCAUCCCAGAACUGUACAUUGAGUCAUCAACAGAGAAUAACAGCAGUGCAGACGAGACAACAGGACCCAGUUUCCUGGACUUCCUGAGCAGCGGUCCCUCGCGUUCUCCGUCCCCGGUGCGUGCGAGAUCUCUGGACCAAGAAGACUUGAACAAUCCAGUACCCACAAACUGGAGUUUCACAAUGCGACAGGCGGAUCCAGAGGCUGAACCCGCGAUAUUCGAAGAUGCGAAAGGCCCCACAGAAUCUAUGCUCUCACCGAGAAAUUCCUUGCUAAUUCCCCGACGAUUCUACUCCGAGGCAGACGGUACCCCGACAAUUCCCAGCCCUUCAGAGCUCGGUCUGAAGACCUUAACAAAGCACAUAAACGGUCUGAAGAAAAAGAUUAAAAAAUACGAGGAUGAAUUCGAGGAAAAUUUUGGCUAUCGUCCUAGUCACUCGGACAAAAUGAGCAAUCGCGACAUUAAGAGAUUGUGUGGAGAGCUGAAUAAACUUCGAAAAGAGUACAAGCUGCUGAAGGAGGAUCCAAUCAGUGCUCUGCGAGCCAACGUCAAGCUGUCCAAAUCGUUGACCUUGAAUGGAAGAAAUCAGGACAAUUCAACAGCUGUGAACAACAAUAACAGUCAGGAGUUCAAGUCGAGGGCGAGCCUGAUGGAGGACAUGGUGAAGGAGGUGGAGAGAAAACUCAGUGAGAAGAGAUCCAAGUAUGACAGACCUGACAACAUGGAGGAGAUGACGUACGAGCAGCUGCUGGAUGAGAAGACAGCAGUACAGAAGGCCCUCCUGCACAUCGAGGGAGCAUUUGGCAGACCUGUUGCCAAAGAGGACAGGGCAAUGGUGAGAGAUCUCUACGACAGAUAUCGAUCACUCAAGAGACUACUCAUCAGGGCUGGAGCUAGCAAGAAUAAGGAUAGCAUAUCUGAGCUUGCGACGAUUCUCGAGCAUGAGGCGAUGGAUUUCACCUCUUCAUCAUUGCCUGGCAACUCUGGAGACUGCGACAGAAGAGCCAGUGAACCUGAUAUGUCACAUCGAGGCAUCUUGGAUUGCAUUGAUGGCCCAGAUCAGUUCCCCACUGAUAGUGACAGUCAGCACAGCAGCAGUGAGGGCAGUCGUGGUGGUGUGGGAGAAAGUCUUCAUGCCAUGCCCCAGGAGGAUCUCGUUGCUCAGCAGAGGAUCAUGAGGGAAGAGAAGAAGAGGCUGAGGAGAGCUCUCAAAGAGCUCGAAGCACAGUUUGAAGCACGCGCUGGACGCAGAAUGCAGAGGGAGGACAGGGGCCCUCAUGUACAAACUGUUUAUGAGUCUUAUAAACAAACAAAGGCCAAACUCAGACUAAUCGACGCUCUACUCGCCAAAACUGCCUAAUUCACAUUGCAAUCGGUAAAACGUUCGUGAGAGAUUUUAUUUAUUCAUCGUUAUUUGUCCAUUUUAUUCAGUGGUAAAAUCUUAUCAUAUUUUUCCUUAAUAAUAGAGAUGAUUCAAUUUAAAAAAUAAAUGAAUUCGUCUCAUGACGUGUUUGCCAAUUCGCUCUUAGUAAUUAUCACUUUAUCCAUUUUGCCCUUUUCUUUCGCUAAUUAUUCCUUUAAUGGAUCUUAUUAAAUCCUACCAUUUGUUAUUUAGUACGACAAUAUUGAAAUAGGGGAGUCAAUCCUCGUCAUUCAUUGGAAAUUUGAGAGCUUGGUGAUUAGUGCAUGUGACCUAGAUUUUAACUAAAAUUUAGAAAGAGAGAGAUUAUUUUUCAAUGCAGCGGUCUGAAUAUUAUCUAUAGAGAUAUAUUAUUACACGUUGAUCCUUAUUAUUAUCAUAACUGAUUAAUUGAUAGAGGAACCAAAAGAAACGCUACCCAUUGCGAUUGCCACGAGGGCCUUUUUCGUGAUCAAUUGUAGAUGUUAUUAUUUCCACCGAAAUACUUUGGUUUUUAGUUAGUGGCUCCUAUGGUUUAUCAAUAUAUACCAAAGCAUCUUUUAGUCUGUGAUAAAGCACUUGGCACUUGUUGGAGAAAUUUCAGUCGGUUAUGAUAAAAUUUGUGACGAAUUUUUUGUACGAAAAUAAUUCUCUCUAUGAGUAGUGCGAAUGGCAGCAGUAAUUUUUAUCAAAACAAAAAACAUAAUGAGAUUAGCUGAAACCCCUUAACAUGAUGAUUAAACUUUUGUAUGUAACGUCCCAAAUAAUCCCAUUAAUUCCAUCAGAGAAAAAAUUAAAAAAUAAUUAAUUGAACACGAAAUAGCUCAGUGCAGUCGAGAGUUUUAGUGAUUUAGACUUAUGAAUUUUAUAUCAUAAGGGUUUUGGUAGCUGUGAGCAGAGUUGAAAUCUUCUUGUUUUGAAAAUUACUUUGCAUUUAACGAACGAUUUUUUAUUGAAUUUAUUGAUUCGACAUAUCUAGAAAAUUCCGGGCAGCUCUCUCUGCUGUUGGAGUUCCAGUAGAUGAGCUCUUAAUUACCCAGUCAUUGAUGGAUAAUAAUAAAUAUAUUAACGAUAAUCAGCUAUUAAAAGAGAGGGAAGAGAAUACUGAUGUUUCACACGACUGCAGAAUCAUUAUCACCUUCGACACGAUAUUAUCGUGAGAAAUAAAUAUUGACGAUGUUUGCUCGUUGUUAUACAUAUGUGUUGGAUAAAUGUAUAUAAAAUAUAUGGAAACAUCUUAUACAUAAACAAUAUAUUCUAUAUUGAGCGAGGGUGAAAUAAAUCAUCUGUAAUUGAA